UUGUUUGCCAUUUCAAGUUACCGUGAAAAAACAUUUCAAGUAAACUGGAAAGAUAAUGUCUAAUUUCUCGAAUAUCUUAAAACAAUGUUUCUUGUCUUAAUUAAAGUUCACUGUUUUUCAUAAAAUAAUAAUAUAUAAUUGUAAGAUUGAAACUAUAAUAUAUAAUUGUAAGAUUGAAACUCGGUAUCUUUAACAAACUCCGAUCACAUAUUAGCCCAACUGUCAUUGUAUUAAAUAUUUUUUCUUCUCACUUUUCUUCUUAUAUCUUGGAAGUAAGCAACUAUGGAGGAUAUUUAAAUAGAAGCUCAGCCCACAGCUUUCACUCAUGCACUGAUCGAUCUUCGGUUUUUGCAUCUCUACUUGUGCUAUUUCUUGGCUUCUUUUCUGCACUCGUAUAGUAUAGUAUAUUUAGUUAAAUUCCAGAAUAAAAAUGUCAAGCAGAAGGUCAAGAUCCAGGCAAUCAGCAGCUUCAGUGAUCACUGACGAGCAAAUCAACGAUCUUGUUUCCAAAUUGCACCAGCUUCUUCCUGAAAUUCGCAACCGCUGCUCCGACAAGGUAUCAGCAACGCGGGUGUUACAAGACACAUGCAGCUAUAUUAGAAGCUUGCACAGAGAGGUUGACGACUUAAGUGAGCGUCUAUCAGAGUUGCUGGACAACACAGAUUCCACCCAAGCUUCGAUUAUCAGGAGUCUACUAAUGCAAUAGAUCCAUCGUCGCCCUUUAUGUUCGUAUUAUUAAUUUUUUGGAACGUUUUUGGUAUUCCUGUACUUUUUUUUUUGUCAUUUUCGGCAGAAAAUGAUUUUUGCUUGGUUAAACCGUUAGUCGAACUUAAAUCUUUUAUGGUAGCAGUUGAAACCAAGGUAUGUCAUAUUAGUCUGUAUUAAAAAAGCUAUUCGAUCUAUUGAUCCUCUUGAUGAUUAACCCAUUGAAAACUCUACCAAUGAUCGAGAUCUAAUAAGAUAUAUCUUUUUUGAACCA